CACUUCCGUGUGGUCGGGGACCCAGAGGCCAGAGUCGCUAUCCGUUGCCCAGGUCACCCUCCACCCCCAGUUCAGAGCCCUGCCCCCCUGGGGCUGGGCCAAGCCCAAAGGCUGCCUGGGGCUUACAUGGGGGACUGGUAGGGUAAAGGUCUUGGGGGACCGAGGUGGCUGGGCCUGAGCCCUGGGGCUCCGGCCAUGAAGUCUCGGCAGAAGGGAAAGAAGAAAGGCAGUUCGAAGGAGCGGGUGUUUGGGUGCGACUUGCAGGAGCACCUGCAGCACUCCGGCCUGGAGGUGCCGCAGGUGCUAAAGAGCUGUGCAGACUUUGUGGAGGAGCAUGGUGUGGUAGAUGGGAUCUAUCGCCUCUCAGGGGUCUCCUCCAACAUCCAGAAGCUCCGGCAGGAGUUUGAAGCUGAACGGAAACCAGACCUGCGGAAAGAUGUUUACCUGCAGGACAUACACUGCGUCUCCUCCCUGUGCAAGGCCUACUUCAGAGAACUGCCGGACCCCCUGCUCACUUACCGGCUCUAUGACAAGUUUGCUGAGGCUGUGGCAGUGCAGUUGGAGCCUGAGCGUUUGGUUAAGAUCCAGGAGGUGCUGCGAGAACUCCCUAUCCCAAACUACAGGACGCUGGAGUUCCUCAUGCGGCACUUGGUGCACAUGGCCUCUUUCAGCGCCCAGACCAACAUGCAUGCUCGCAACCUGGCCAUCGUGUGGGCCCCCAACCUGCUGAGGUCUAAGGACAUAGAGGCCUCGGGCUUCAAUGGGACGGCAGCUUUCAUGGAGGUGCGUGUGCAAUCCAUCGUGGUCGAGUUCAUCCUCACGCAUGUGGACCAGCUCUUUGGGGGUGCUGCUCUCUCUGGUGGUGAGGUGGAGGGCCGGUGGCAGUCACUUCCCGGGGCCCGUGCAUCAGGCAACCCUGAGGACUUUAUGCCGAGGGCAGUGCCCUACAACCUGCCGAGCAUCCUGCAGGCUGGUGAUGGUCCCCCACAAAUGCGACCCUACCACACUAUCAUCGAGAUCGCAGACCACAAGAGGAAGGGGUCUCUGAAGGUCAGGAAGUGGAGAUCUAUCUUCAACCUGGGUCGCUCGGGCCAUGAAACCAAGCGUAAAUUUCUACGGGGGGCUGAGGACAGGGAGGAAAAGUCUGAUAAGGGGACACUGCGGCCAGCCAAGAGCAUGGACUCCCUGAGUGCUGCUGCCGGGGUGAGCGAUGAGCCAGAGGGUGUAGUGGGACCCAGUAGUCCCCAGCCAUGUCCACUGCUGCCUGAGAGCCUUGAGAUGGAGUCUGUGGAGGCAACAGAGGAGGAGCAAGAGACUGAGGCAGAGAGAUUGGACAGCACGAAUUCUGAGCCAGGCACCCCUCGAGCUGGCCGGUCAGCAAUCCGCUCUGGGUGCAGCAAUCGUGCAGAGCGCUGUGCCGGUGUCCACAUCUCAGAUCCCUACAAUGUCAACCUCCCUCUACACAUCACUUCCAUCCUCAGCAUGCCCCCAAACAUCAUCUCUAACGUCUCCUUGACCAGACUUACCCGUGGCCUUGAGUGCCCCGCUCUACAGCCACGUCCUAGCCCUGCCUCUGGCCCUGGCCCUGGCCCUGGCCCCGGCCCUGGGCCUCCAGAUGAGAAGUCAGAGUCAGGUUCAGUCCCAGGUCACCUGGCUGCCUCAGGCCCAAUGGACAUGGCCCCAGCUCUGGACGACUGCCUGUCCCAGGAGGUGCAGGAUACCUUCUCCUUCCUAGAGGACUCAAGCAGCUCAGAGCCCGAUUUGGUGGGGGUGGAGGAUGGGGCGGUGGCCAAGGCAGGAGCAACAGGAGCAGCCUUCUCCCCUGGCGAGGACGACUCUGGGAUGGGCUACCUGGAGGAGCUCCUGGGAGUUGGGCCUCAGGUGGAGGAAUUCUCUGUGGAGCCCCCGCUGGAUGACUUGUCUCUGGAUGAGGCACAGUUCGUCUUGGCUCCAAGCUGCUGUUCCCCAAACUCUGACUCCAGGCCUGAAGCAGAGGAAGAAAGUGGGGAGGAAGUCUUUUUGAGUGCCUAUGAUGACCUAAGUCCCCUUUUGGGGCCCAAACCCCCAAGCUUGGAGGGUCCAAGGAGUCCGGAGGAAAAGGUGGCAGGGUGUGGGACUUUGACUGAGGAAGAGAAAGGGUGUUGGGGAGUUGGGGAGAACAAGGAUGCUGAGCCUGGAAGAAGAUGGGACAUCAGGGAGGAUGCUGAGGGAAGUCCAGAGAGUGAGGUAGAGGCUAGAGAGGCUGUUGAGGAAGGCAGGGAGACUAGGGGAAGCCAAGAGGUGAUGGUCAGUUUGAAAGAAGGGAGUGGGGAGUUGACAGAGACCAAGGGAGAGAAGUCCAAAGAUGAGAAGGAGGAUGAGAAAAGGGAGGAAAAUAAGUGUGUUGAGGAGACAGGAGAUGAGCAGGGUAAAGAUAAGGAGGAAAGAAAGACAGAGAGAGAAAAAGUGACUGGAGAAGGAGAGGAGGCCCAGGCAGAAGCUGGGAGAGACACAGAGCCGAUAGCCCAGGAAAGCCAAGUUGACAAGGAAAGCUGGGAAGUUGUUCAGAAAGAAGAGGCUGAGGGAGUCAUAGAAGAUGAGAUCAAAGGACAGAGGGAGAAUGGGGACCAAGAGGUAAGAGAAGACCAAGGAGAUGAUGAAGAUGGCAGAAGGGCAAAAGCAGCAGCUGAAGAAGAGGAGGUCAGCAAGGAACAGGAGAGUGGGGAUGGAGAGGCUGAGAGAGACCAGAGUGCUGGAGAUGGCCAUUUAGAAGAGGGCUCCCUUCCUGAAAAGUUGUAUGUAGAGUCCCUGCAGGUUGACAAUGCCAAAGAGGACAAUUCCCAGUCCUGUGAGAUGAAACAGGUGGCCCCAGAACCACCCCAGCCAGAGGAAAUGGAGCCUGAGGGGCAGACCAGUUCAGAAGGUUGCCAUGUGUGCCCCUGUCCCCUUGGUUCAGCUGGUGGUGUGGGCAUGCGCUUUGCUUCCACCCUGGUCCAAGUCCAACAGGUCCGCUCUGUGCCUGUGGUGCCCCCUAAACCACAGUUUGCCAAGAUGCCCAGUACAAUGUGUAGCAAGAUCCAUGUGGCGCCUGCAAAGCCAAGCCCAAGACCUGGUCGACUGGAUGGGACUCCUGGGGAAAGGGCUUUGGGGUCCCGAACCUCCCGCUCCUCUUGGAAGAAUGGGGGCAGUCUUUCCUUUGAUGCUGCUGUGGCCCUAGCCCGGGAACGCCAGAAGACUGAGGCUCACGGAGUUCGACGGACCCAGACUUGUACAGGUGGUGGGGACUAUAGCCUCAUCCCCAGAACCUCCCCCUGUAGCAUCGCCCCUGCCCAUUCUCCUCGGCCCCUUAGCUGCCUGGACCUGUCAUCUGAAGGCAAAGAAGGGUCUGGACCCCGGAGUCGUCUUAGUCUUCCCCUUAGAGAAUCCUUGCCCCCUGACCCCAUUAUGCUUCCCCAGUGCCGAUCAUAUACAAUCGAAACACAGGAUGACCCUGGGAAAAGUAAGGGACUGUGAUUAGGACUAGAGCCCUAGGCAAAGGGCACGGUAUGUGGGCUUGACUUUUUUCAGUUUUAGACAGUUUCUUACGCAGUCUGAGAAGCUGUAAUAUCCAACUCUCUAGACUUUGGUCCUGCAGCUUCACUUCUGAACUGUAGGAGGCACUGCACUCAUCCAUUUCCCUGAGUGGCUCAUUCACAAAGCACUUAUCCCCCAAGAGAUGCUUAAGAGUCAUCAAUGUUGUUUCCAAAGAUUGAAGCUACUGACCAAAGAGGAAAUGGAGUCUUCUAAAGCAAAGAAUAAAGGAGGUGGUCUCGCUUCGGCAGCACAUAUACUAAAAUUUGAAUGAUACACAGGAGAGUAGAAGGGCCCAAGCACCAGGAUGACAUGCGAAUUCGUGAAGCGUUCCCUAUUUUUUCAUUUAUCACAAGAAAUGUAGAUGAUGCAAAUAGGGUUCCGGGGAAAAAAAAAGUAAUCAUAAUAAAGUAAAAAUCAAAAUCAACAGGCAACUAUAAACUAGAGACCUUCUGCCCUGGAGAGGAGGGGAUAAUUCGUUCAAGAGUGAAUGGGUGAUGGGAAUUUCUCAGUAACUACAACUGAGAAAAAUGCACACGUUGUACAAAAAUGAAAAAUGAUGUAAAAAAAUAUAUAAAACAAAAUGAUAAAAAAAAAAAAAGAAGGGGGAACUUCAGGUAGCUACGUUCCUGCCCUUUUCUGAUGCUGUGACCUUUUCAUGGAGACCCUGGGUGGAGGCAGAGAAGACAAAGACUCUUCUAGAGUUGAGGCCCUGGAAGGACUGACCUCCAUUCCAGUUAUGCCCCCCUCUGCCUCCAGUGGCCUUGAGGAAGAGAACCCUAUUCAGCUCUCUCUGGCCUCUCCUAUUCCCUUUGGAAUCACUUCCUCCUAUUUUUGGAAAGGGGAAUGGCCUCACUCAAGCCCUUGGGUUUAUCUCCAAGCUGGGGUCACACAUCACAUUUUAGUCAAGGGUAAUGUUUCAGAAUAAACCUUGGAUG